AUGGCUGGCGGUGGAGGUCCAACAGCUACAUUCUCAGUCUGGGACUAUGUGGUGUUUGCCAGUAUGGUCUUGGGAACUGCUGGCAUUGGGCUCUUUCAAUCCUUCCGAAGCCGUAAGGAUAACAGCAGUGCUGAGUUCUUGCUGGGAGGCCGUCAGAUGACAGCAGUGCCAGUCGCCAUGUCCCUCACGGCCAGCUUCAUGUCUGGGAUCACAGUAAUUGGCACUCCUGCAGAGGCCUACAGAUAUGGCACAGCUUUCUGGCUCUUUGCCUUUUCCUACACCAUCAUGUCCAUCAUCACUGCAGAGAUAUUUGUGCCUCUCUUCUAUCGACUCAGCAUCACAAGUAUAUAUGAGUACUUGGAGCUACGCUUCAAUAAGGCUAUUCGAGUGAUUGGAACAGCUUUAUACAUAAUCCAGACAGUUUUGUACACAGGCAUGGUGAUCUAUGCCCCAGCGCUUGCCCUCAAUCAGAUUACUGGCCUGAACCUUUGGGGAGUGGUGGUGGCCACAGGUGUCGUCUGCAUCAUCUAUUGCACUCUGGGAGGCCUGAAGGCAGUGAUAUGGACAGAUGUGUUCCAGAUGUUUGUUAUGCUGUCUGGGUUUAUAGCAGUCAUCGCUCGUGGAGCUGUACUUCAGGGAGGCUUGGGAAAAAUCUGGGACGAUAACUACAAUGGUGGACGCUUAGACACGUUUAGUUUUGAUCCAGAUCCUCUGAAAAGGCACAGUUUUUGGACCAUAGUUGUUGGGGGUAGCUUGAUGUGGGUGUCAAUAUAUGCCAUUAAUCAGUCACAGGUGCAGCGCUAUAUCUCCUGUAAAACUAUAACCCAUGCUAAAAUGUCUCUGUAUGUAAAUAUGGUGGGGUUGUGGAUUACUGUGAGUCUGGCAAUGCUUUCUGGCCUCACCAUGUACUCUAUCUAUAAAGACUGUGAUCCUUUUACUAACACAGAUGUUAGUUCUUCAGAUCAGCUCCUUCCAUAUUUAGUGAUGGACAUUCUAGCAGAGUUUCCAGGCCUUCCUGGCUUUUUUGUAGCAGCUGCAUACAGUGGAACUUUAAGUACGGUAUCAUCCAGUGUUAACGCUCUAGUGGCCGUCACAGUUGAAGACUUUCUAAAACCUUUGUGGCCCAAUCUAACUGAAAAGCAAUUGCUGUGGAUUAACAUGAGCAUGAGUGUUUUCUUUGGGGCUUUGUGCAUCGCUAUGGCGGGACUUUCCUCUUUGUUGGGAAGUAUAUUGCAGGCCGCCUUGUCUGUAUUUGGUAUGAUCAGUGGACCUCUGUUGGGCCUUUUCAUCCUGGGCAUGUUCUUCCGUUGUGCUAACGCCACUGGUAGCCUGACUGGGUUAAUAAUUGGCCUGAUUAUAACCCUGUGGGUGGGCAUUGGCGCUCAGUUGUACCCUCCUUUACCAAGUAAGACCAAACCACUUGCUCUCAGUGUGGCACAAUGUGAUGCUGGAGACAAAAAUAUAACCAGUACAGUGGCAUCAUGGUUAACUACGACACAACCGACCACAGAGUCAAGCUUUGCGAGACCAGCUCUUGCAGAUUCCUGGUACUCUUUGUCCUACCUGUACUUCUGCCCCCUGGCCAUAUUGGUGACGAUAAGCACUGGGCUAAUUGUCAGUGCCAUCUCAGGUGGUUGUAAACAAGAGAAGAUAAACUCAGAGAUGUUUAUUAGGAAGACAGACCUCAUCUGCUUUGACUGCGGUAGAACACGCACUGAGAACCUUUCAUCAGACUGUCCAAGCCACAAUCCUCAGUUCAACAACAACCUGAAACUGAAGGACAGUGAAAAGUUCACCAAGCUGUAA